CUGAACUGAAUUCAAAGUUUUCUAUUUCUUCAAACUUUUCAUUUUCUCUCUCUCUCUUUCUCGCUCAAUUUUCUCAGCCCAUUUUUUCAUACAAUAAAAUGACUUAAGAAUCAUUUUAGCCAAAAAAGCAAAAUCAACGCCAAGUGAAAAAGAAGAAGUAGAGAAAAAUUUCAUUCGAAUCAUCAUCAUUGUUACCAAACAUCUUAAAGCGCGAUAUACCUAUAGAAAAGAUUUUGAUUGAAAAAAAAAACAAAUUCACAAAUUCAAAAUGGCUGAAAUAACUUAUACAACUGAAGAAGCAUUUUUUGAUACGGAAUUUAUUUCAACAAAAAUUGGUCUGGUUCGAAUUUGUCAAUUUGUUAUUUCAUUACUAAGUUUGAUUGUCAUCGAAAUACCUCGUUGUAAAUUUUUACGUAGUGUAAAUUUUUAUGUAUUCAUUGCUUCGUAUUGUCUAAUAUUUUCUAUAUUAGUAAUAAUUAUAUUUAUUACACGUUUCUAUCGACAACUUGAACAAUAUAUUAAUCUACCUUUGACGUUGAUGGCCAAUGAAGUGGUCGCAUUGAUUCUUUGGUUGAUUGCAUCAUUUUUUAUCAUAUUUGCCAGUUGUGACCAUGGACCACAAAUUGCUUAUAUUAUUGCAGGUAUUCUUGGUUUUCUUGCAAUGAUUGCCUUUUCAUAUUCGUUAAAAAUAUCAUACAAUUGGUUUCGAAAUGGUACGAUAACAAUUUCAGCAUAACAUAUUUGAUUUCAUAUUUGGAAAAAAAAAGAAGACCAGUAAUUUGAUCUGAAUCAAAAAUCUGCAGGACAGAAAGAUCAAUAAUUUAAAAAUUCAUAAUUUGUUUUUUUU